AUGACGUCAUCUACAGCUACUGAAACUACAGUAGAUGUAAAUGGUUUACCGGAAGAUAUUUUCAGUUACAGUCAUGAAAUAUUUUAUGAAUUCAUUACAGAGAAAUAUGAUGCUGAUCUUUCUGAAUUACUUACUUUUCAAGCCAUAAGAAAUGGAAGACAUUUAUUAAGUAAAGCAUCGGCUGAUAUUUUACAAAUAUUUCAAGAAGAUUGUGAAGACUAG